GACAGCAUCUUUUGGUCACAAAUACCUUUAAUAUAAAAGUGGUGUGGAUCAGAAAACUAGUCAGGAUCUGGUGUGACCACCAUUUGCCUCAUGCAGCACAACACAUCUUUGCAUACUGUUGAUUGUGGCCUGUGGAAUGUUAUCCCACUCUUCAAUGGCUGUGUGGAGUUGCAGGAAUUGGAACACACUGUCGUACACGUCAAUCCAGAGCAUCCCAAACAAGCUCAAUGAGUGACAUUUCUGGAGAGUAUGCAGGCCAUGGAAGAACUGGGACAUUUUCAGCUUUCAGAAGUUGUGUACAGAUCUUUGCGCCAUGCAUUAUGAUGCUGAAACAUGAGGUGAUGGGGGAUGAAUGGCACGACAAUGGGCCUCAGGAUCUCAUCACGUUGUCUCUGCAUUCAAUUGCCAUCGAUAAAAUGCAAUUGUGUUUGCGCCUGCUCAUACCAUAACCCCACAGCCACCAUGGGGCAUUCUGUUCACAUUGACAACAGCAAACCGCUCUCACACAACGCCUUACAACGUGGUCUGCGGGUGUGAGGCCGGUUGGACGUACUGUCAAACUCUAAAACAACGUUGGAGGUGGCUUAUGGUAGAGCUUAACAUUACAUUCUCUGGCAACAGGUCGGGUGGACAUUCCUGCAGUCGGCAUGCUAAUUGCACAUUCCAUCAACUUCCGCCAUCUAACAGGGAUGUAAAACAAUUUGUACACAACAUUUGAGAGAAAUACUAUUGUGUGUAUUGGAAUGUUUCCAAGAUAUUUUAUUUCAGCUCAUGAAACAUGGGACCAACACUUCAAAUGUGUUUAUAUUUUUGUUCAGUAUAGUUUUCUUGUCUUCUGUCUCUAGCAACAUCAAUACAUUUAACUGGUUCUAAUAUAGAGUACGGAUUUCAAGUCACUAGCUUGCCCUGCAUGAUGGCAUGCUAAAUUACACAAGUCCUUCAACCGGUGUCUUCUUGUCUAUAACUACAAUAGUCAUCAUUUUGGCCUCUAUGGUGACUCUUCCCCAUAGGGAACUUUUUAUGAACUUCUGUUUGUACCACCGCACGGUAAUACAAAGUACGAGUUGAAAAUAUUGAACUCGUGGUAUGUACACCAGCCUAGUGCUGGAUCCCAAAUUUAGCGUUGCGGACUGCUCCAUUGACAACGAAUGACUUCCGCCGGAACGCAGUUUGACGCUUCUGGUGGAACUUAAGCGUUGACUUAACUCUGGCAGCAGCGAAAAAUACAUCUCGGCUCAGCCAUGUCUGCUGAAUUUGUGCUGUAAAACCUGCGCCAAUAUUGCAAAUCACUACGGAAACGCAUUGAACAAACCCAGUUGAUAGACGUAUAUGUAUUUUUUUUAAGGAAGCUGGAUCGCUAACAAUGACUGUUACGUUAGCAACAAGCUAGCUAACGUUAUCUAUAUCCACAAGUACGCGUAGUCGUCAACGUUUCACACGGUUGGGUGUCACAACAGUAUUGUUGGUGACGGUGCCAUUUAUUAGCUACUGCCAACCAGAAAAUGUAGUUAGCUAGCCGCUUAAUCUGUCGCGCAACCAGAACCGUUUUCUUCGAGAUCUACCGACAACGCUACCCCAGCUCUGCCCAUCCAGGCAGUCAGUGGUAACAAAACAAGAGAUUGGAGCGAUGACGGCAACAUCAUGUCUGAGAGAUAUCCUUUAGUCGAGAAAGCCCUCUCGGAGAGCUAUGCUCGGUUUAGGUUCAAGGACACGUCACUGCUAAUUUGGCAACAGCAGCAAAUGGAGCUGGAACAGGGACCACCGAGUAACUACCUCAGUCGGAGUCAAAGUACGUGGUACAGUCAGUAUGGAAACCAGGCAGUCGUGGUACGGGACAAACGAACUGUCACAGUGGAUCCAACUGCUGACACUGGAAAUUCCAGAAUAUGUUUGAUUAUGUGACAGUUAUAGUGACACAUACAUAUAUUCAUAUGCCCUAAACUUCAAUAUUUGUAAACUGUUUGUGCAAAAAUAUAUGGUGCAGACUGAAGUUGAGUAUUUGUGUCCUGAAAGACGUCUGCCAGCAACAUGUCAUGACCAUUCACUGGGCAAAUAUGUGCUGGUCAAAGCAAAGUAAGCCUGUGUAUGUACAUUGGGGUAUGGAAGUGUUAGCUACGGCUUACAUUGGGGCGGCAGGUAUCCUAGUGGUUAGGGCGUUGGACUUGUAACCGAAAGGUUGCAAGAUCGAAUCCCCGAGCUGACAAGGUAAAAAUGUCGUUCUGCCCCUGAACAAGGCAGUUAACUCACUGUUCCUAGGCCGUCAUUGAAAAUUAGAAUUUGUUCUUAACUGAUUUGCCUAGUUAAAGGUAAAAAAUAAAUGAUCAUUUUUGUA